UCAUGAAUUACUUAGAAUUAUUUUAAAGUAUUCUUGAAAAUCCUUAAAAAAAACUCCACCAAAUAUAUCAUUUUGUAUGCACCCUUUCUUAGGAGGUGGGUUUUGGUAGUUGUUAAUAAUAUUGUCUUUUUCCUAAAAAAUAAAUAAUUGCUUUGCCAUUAAGACAUUAUAGUAUUUGGCAAAAAGUUUGGUUUAUAUACCUUUCAUAUACUCCGUAACGUACUAGGAAUUGUAGUUGAAAAGGAAAAAAAUAGAGAGAAUGUUGAUAUCACACAUAACACACAAUACAUGAAAAAUGACAAAGGAUGAGACUGAGAUUCCAAUGAACAACUAACACUUUUUGCGUGUCUUCUCCAACACCAACAAAAGUUGGAAAAAGAUGCUUGCAGUUACAAAAUCACACUGUAACACGCUGUAAUCGAUAUGGGAUGUUCGAUAAAAAAUUAACGGUUAAGAUCAUUAUUAUUGAAAAGUUACAGAUUUAAUUUAAACCAUCCAAUCUUUAAUUGACGGCCGAGAUUGAAAACAAUGUGAAACAGUGGUUUUUUAUUACGGCAGACAACCUUAAUCCAACAAAGUUACAUGUGGAAUGCUUUCUUUCUCAAACACUUUUCAACAUUUUUUUUUAAAAAAAUUAAAUAUCUUCUGCAUACAACUUUGAAGUCUAAUUUUCUCCAAUUAACCGAAAUUCAAUUAAGUGGUUCCAACAAAUGUUUUUCAUAUAUGCACUAGUCAUAAACCUAUGACCAAAUGGUUAAAGAGUGCAAAUAUCGUCACAUUACGUUGUUAACACCUUUCCACAUUUUGUUUCCUUUUCUUUUCAUCUAAACUACUAGUAAUUCAAUUCACUAAUCAUAGUAAUAAAUAAAUGUACAUAAAAUAAACAUAUGUUUCUUUCUUCUCUCUCUAGCCUGCAAAGCCUAUAUUGAUAUUGGUGGAGUGAAGUGAAAUCCAAAGCAAGGAAAAUAAACAUGAGUGAAAAUUUGAAGGGAAAAGUCAAUGCCAUUGGAGAGCGUCUCAAAAUCAAUGGAGCUGAAAUGGGUAGAAAGAUGAGUGCUGGAAUGAGUACUAUGAGUUUCAAGAUGAAAGAGUUUUUUCAAGAACCAAACCAAGCUGAUAAACUUGUUGCUGAUGCUACUUCUGAGUCACUUGAUUACACCAAUUGGGAUAUUAUUCUUCAUCUUUGUGAUUUAAUUAAUGCUGACAAAAUUGAUACUUGUGAUGUUGUACGUGCCAUAAAGAAAAGGGUUAUGAUGAAAAGUCCUAGAGGUCAGUACUUGGCUUUGGUUUUGCUUGAAAUGUUGGUGAAGAAUUGUGAUAAGGGUUUCUUUGAGGUUGCUACUGAGAGAGUUCUUGAUGAAAUGGUUAAGAUUGUUGAUGAUCCUGAUCAGAGUUUUGUUGCUAGUAAGGAAAAGGCUUUGAUGAUGAUUCGCGAUUGGGGAGAGUCGACUACUGAGCUUCGGUAUCUCCCUGUUUAUGAAGAAACUUAUAAGAGUUUGAAAUCAAGGGGCAUUAGGUUCCCUGAUGGUUACAAUGAAAGCAAGGCUUCUGUUUCUACUCCUUCUAGCUCUGCCUCUGCACCGAUGGCUGAUCUCAGUCUUGAAUAUCUUAUUGACCAUGAUACUCAGCCUGAUCUCACUCUUGCAAAAAUUAUUCAGUGCGAAAAUCUUGUGCCAUGUUUUACAUCUCAACAAACAAAGGAAGCAUUUGUUGUUGCAAGAAAUAUCAUUCACCUUCUCUCUUCUGUGUUGCACAAAGAUACUCUCAAGCAAGAUUCGACCAUCACAUUACUACAACAGUGCCGUGAGUCCCAAUCUACAGUCCACAAAAUCAUUGAGACAGUUGGGAAUAAUGAAGCACUGCUUUAUGAGGCCUUGAAUGUAAAUGAUGAGAUCCAUAAGGUUCUCUCCAAAUAUGAAGAGUUGAAGAAGAAGUCUAAAGUUUCUCCGCUUGAACCAGAACUGAAUACGAUGAUACCAGUUGCUAUUGAGCCAGAUGAAUCCCCUCAUUUUAGAGAAGAGAACUUGAUUAGAAAGCCAUCUUGUUCAAGAACCGGAGUUCAGGGAUUGAGCCAUGAUGACAUGAUGGAUGAUCUUGAUGAAAUGAUUUUUGGCAAAAAAGGCGGGGAUGCAUCUCAAUGGGGACAAGAUCCUAAGAACCAACAACAAUCAUCAAAAUAUGACUUCAUUUCCUUAUAAGUUUCUACUACUCCAGUCUCGAAUAUAUAAGCAAAGAUUCUUUUUUAAAUUCAUUGAAUUACUAAUUCAAUGAAUUUGAAAAAGAAAUAUUUGCGUAUAUUCAAGACCGGAGGGAGAACUUCAAUCCAUACCUGAAUACAUGCAUGAUAGUGUGUUUGACUCUUGGACAUUAUGGCUUCCUACACUAAGAUUCCAUGUUUCAUUUUUAGUCAUUUUUGUUUUAUUUUGGCACACUUUAUGUUGGAAUACAUGAUACUAGUACUA